AUGGGAUUUUUGCUUCUCUUUUACCUUAUCAAAUAUAUUAUUUCAUUACAAGCAAACGAUUCAAGAUUAAAAAUCGGUAUCAUUAAAGCUGCACCUAAUUGCGAUAGAUGGAUAGAAGAUGGUAACUGGAUAUAUGCUCAUAUUGUUGCUCGUGUUGAAGGCAGAGAUGAGCCAGUGUUAAAUACAUAUAAUGACAAACCAAUGUACCUUAUGGUAAAUAAUUCUAAAUUUAUUCCAGGAUUUAAUAUUGGACUUCGUGGUGCUUGCGAAUUUGAAACACGCAGAAUCACAAUUCCUCCGGAACUUGCUUACGGUGAUAAGUUUGUUGAUGGAUUGUUCGGUCCACAAGCAACUUGGACAGUUGACGCAGAAAUUCUCGAAAUUCUUAAAGACAUUAGCAUAUAA